AUGAUUUCAAAAAAUCAAAAUUCUCGGCUGACAGAAUUAUCUCAUUCCCUUCAACUUCUCGGUGCUAAAGUACGACAGGCUACCGAAGAAAUUGGUGGACUUAAACGGUUACAAACUCGAAUUGAUGAAAAUUGUUGUGAAUUUCAACGUGGAGUUGAAAGUCAAUUAGACCAAUUAGAAGAAUUAUUACGUUUAAGAAGACAACAAUUAAUUAAUUAUAUUAAAAACGAAAAGGAAAGAAGAAAAUUACAACUUUUAAAACAAAUUGGGCGGUCAACAGCUCAACUGGGGAAAGGAAGGGCUUUGAUUCAAUUUUGUAUUGAAAUAUUAAAAGAACCGGAACCUUUGGAUUAUUUACAGGCAAAUUUCUUGUUAAAUAGUUUUUAUGUGGAAGGAAGGGUUGGCUCAGCCUUAGCAAAUAGAGUAACCGAUCAAGAAUUUCUUUGGCACAGAGAAGUAAAAACAAAUUGUCCAGAAGUUGACGAACAUUUCCAACUUGAUUUGGAUAUUUUAAAUGUUAAAACAGCUAUAGAACAAUUGGAGUUUUUGCAACUUAAAGACCUUUAUCCUUCUUCUCAAAAUUUCCAAAAAUUUAAUUUUCUCUCUCUUUUCUCAGCCCCUUUACCCCCACAAUUUCUUGCUGAAGAAUGUUCUGCCGAAAAUAAUUCUGUCACCCUAAGUUGGGUUUGUCAGCUAAAUGGGGCUUCUAUUGAAGGUUUUGUUCUUGAAUUAGACUCUGGUGAUGAUAAUUUUGAAGAAGUUUAUUGUGGGCAAGAAUAUGCUUGUUCUGUUGAUGGAUUACAUUUCAAUACUUUUUACAAUGCGAGAUUAAAAGCUUUUAAUGCUGCAGGGGAAAGUGCUUAUAGUGAACAAAUUUGUUUGCAGACUGCUCCAGUUGCCUGGUUUCAACUUAGCGAAGAUAAUUCAACUGAAAAUUCUAAUGAACAACAACAAGCUAUGAGAGAGAUUCGCUCACAAAGUGUUGGGGGAAUAGUUAAUUCUGAAUUGUUGUUAUCUAAUAAUUGCUGUACAGUUACUGGAACGAGUAUGGAAUAUCGAACAAUUUUGGGUACAGUAACAUUCUCAAAAGGAGUUCAUUAUUGGGAGGUUAGUGUGGACAGAUAUGAUGGAAAUGCUGAUAUUGUUAUUGGAGUAGCCCAACCAUCGGUGAAUAGACAUGCAAUGCUUGGUAAAGAUUUAAAUGGUUGGAGUAUGUAUGUAGAUGGAGAGCGGUCUUGGUUUUUCCAUAACGAUACACACCACGGAAGAAUGAGUGGAGGUGUUAAUGUUUGUGACUCCUUAAUUGGAGUGUUAAUGGAUUGUGAUAGGGGAACCCUUAGUUUUGCAAUAAAUGAAAGGCCUAUUUGUAUAGAUGCUUUUAAGUAG